AUGACCUCCGCUGCAGCAAAUAUAAACAUGCUGGUCCUGGAGCUGCUCGUCUACAUGCUGUCAUCGCCAGCUGAGGCCGCUCACCUGUUGGUGUGGCUGAGAGAUUCCAACCAGCUGACUCUACCACCCCUUCCUCCACCCCAACCAGGCCAACGCCCCCAUCAACCAACGCCCCACCAACCAACGCCCAUCAACCAACACCCGGCCAACCAACGCCCCACCAACCAACACCCGGCCAACCAACGCCCCGCCAACCAACGCCCCACCAACCAACGCCCAUCAACCAACACCCGGCCAACCAACGCCCCACCAACCAACACCCGGCCAACCAACGCCCCGCCAACCAAAGCCCCACCAACCAACGCCCCACCAACCAACGCCCCACCAACCAACGCCCCACCAACCAACACCCGGCCAACCAACGCCCCGCCAACCAAAGCCCCACCAACCAACGCCCCACCAACCAACGCCCCACCAACCAACGCCCCACCAACCAACGCCCCACCAACCAACGCCCCACCAACCAACGCCCCACCAACCAACGCCCCACCAACCAACGCCCCACCAACCAACGCCCCACCAACCAACGCCCCACCAACCAACGCCCCGCCAACCAACACCCGGCCAACCAACGCCCCGCCAACCAACACCCGGCCAACCAACGCCCCGCCAACCAACGCCCCACCAACCAACGCCCCACCAACCAACGCCCCACCAACCAACGCCCCACCAACCAACGCCCCACCAACCAACGCCCCACCAACCAACGCCCCACCAACCAACGCCCCACCAACCAACGCCCCACCAACCAACGCCCCACCAACCAACGCCCCACCAACCAACGCCCCACCAACCAACGCCCCACCAACCAACGCCCCACCAACCAACGCCCCACCAACCAACGCCCCACCAACCAACGCCCCCAUCAACCAAAGCCCCAACCAUCCAACGCCCCAUCAACCAACGCCCCACCAACCAACGCCCCACCAACCAACGCCCCACCAACCAACGCCCCACCAACCAACGCCCCACCAACCAACGCCCCCACCAACCAACGCCCCACCAACCAACGCCCCACCAACCAACGCCCCCAUCAGCCAACGCCCCACCAACCAACGCCCCACCAACCAACGCCCCACCAACCAACGCCCCACCAACCAACGCCCCCAUCAACCAAAGCCCCAACCAUCCAACGCCCCAUCAACCAACGCCCCACCAACCAACGCCCCACCAACCCAAGAAUAA